AUGCGUCCAGAAGCAGUAAGCAACGCGGUGUCCUCCGACGACCUCGAUAUACCGCUCAUUGACUUCGCAAGCUUCACAAACGGCGACGCUGCAACGAGGAGGACAACGGCGCAAGCAAUCCUCUCGGGCUUCCAAACAGCUGGCUUCAUCUACUUACGAAACCAUGGCGUGCCUAAAGCGGACGUCGAAACCGCAUUCGCAGAGUCCGCAAGAUUCUUCAAGCGUUCACCGACACAGAAGGAAGCCUUGAACUGGACUACUCCGGAGGCGAACCGAGGCUACUCCGGACCAGGACGAGAGAAGACGACGGAUCUUACCGAUGCCGCUGACAUUGAAGCGAAGCGAGCAGAAGAAGGUGCUGAUCUCAAGGAGUCGUUCGAGAUUGGUCGGGAGGGCGAACCAGGCUUCCCGAACCAAUGGCCUGACAAGUUCGACGAGGAUGGUGUGCGCUUCAAGGAGCACAUGCUCUCCUUCUUCGACAAAUGCAAGCAGCUACAUGUCGAGGUGAUGCGAUCGAUAGCUGUUGGCCUUGGUAUUGAUGAACAAUGGUUCGAUAAGUUCUGCAGCACCGGCGACAACACCCUACGUCUACUCCACUACCCAGCCGUAGACUCAAACGUCUUCCAGCAAAACAAGAACACUGUCCGUGCCGGAGCCCACACGGACUACGGCUCGAUCACCCUACUCUUCCAGGACAUGGCAGGAGGACUUCAGAUUCUGUCGCCAAAUGGCAAUUUCGUUGACGCCACGCCGAUCGAAGGCACCAUUGUUGUCAACGCCGCCGAUUUACUCUCCAGGUGGAGCAACGACACGAUCAAGAGUACCAAACAUCGCGUGGUAGAGCCUCCGACGAAGGCCGACCAUCAUCCCGCCCGAUAUAGUAUUGCGUAUUUCUGCAAUCCGAAUUUUGAUAGCUUCAUCGAUGCUAUACCUUCGACUUACGGUGAUGCGAGGCCGAAGAAGUACGCUGGGAUCAAUAGUGGUGACUAUCUCGCGCAGCGGCUUGCGGCAACCUAUUAGCGGUUCGAAGAGCCUGGCAUGCCAACUGCUAAGUCUAUCGAGCUUACAACCGGUGAACGUCUAGUUUGCUCAUGCUGAGACAUGAUGUAAGCAUCCGG